GCCCGCCAUGCCGCUGCACGCGGUGCCGCCGCGGCUGUGGGGGGCGCGGAGGCUGCAGUGCGGGCUGCUGUCGCGGCUGCCCGCCCACUACCUGCGCGCGCUGCGGGAGGACGAGGCCGCCGAGCCGCCCGCGGUGCACUGGCGACCGCGCGGCGCCAAGUUCGUGCGCGACCGGGUCACCGGGCGGUGCAGCCGCCAGCAGGACGUGCCCGUGGUGCCGCGCUUCCCGCCCGAGAGCGAGCAGGGCCUGUGGGGCGGCGAGGGCCUCGUGGUCGGCUUCCGCUACGCCAACAACGACAAGCUCUCGCCCCGGGUGAAGAAGACCUGGAAGCCGCAGCUCUUCCGCCGAGAGCUGUACAGCGAGAUCCUCGACAAGAAGCUCACGAUCACGGUCACCAUGCGGACGCUGGACUUGAUCGACGCCGCCUACGGCUUCGACUUCUACCUCCUGAAGACCCCAAAGGCUGAGCUGUGCUCUAAGCUAGGAAUGGACCUGAAGCGCACUUUGCUUUUAAGGCUGGCGCGGAGGGACCCUUCUCUCCAUCCAGAUGACCCGGCCAAGCGGGAGGCUAUUUACAACAAAUACAAGGAGUUCGUGAUCCCGGAGGAGGAGGCUGAAUGGGUUGGGCUGAGCUUAGAAGAAGCCAUGGAGAAGCAGCGGCUCCUAGAGAAGAAGGACCCUGUUCCCCUGUUCAAAGUCUACAUGGAGGAACUAGUGCAGCAACUCCAAGAACAGAAACUUUCUGAAGAGCAGAAGUUCUAACAAGUCAUCGCAAACGCGGGGCUGGCAUUGUCCAGCGUCGCCUUGAGCUUACGUUCAACAGACUGUGAGAAGGGACUUGCUUUGCCCGGGCUGGACUCAGAGCGGUGACAUGCAUGCGAAAGCUGUCUGCGGUGCCCUGUCAGAGUGCCACAGCGAGUGCCAGCCCGUACCUGGGCGUGAGGGAGGGCAUAGCUGUCCUGGGCAGUACGCUCCUCUUCCCUCCAGGAGGCUUCCACAGAGCUCUAAUAAAGAGGAGGCUGCCUUUA